UAUUAUCUUAGUCGAAGCGAAGCGACCGGCCAUGUCACUAUUUUUGUGCAUUAUCGCUGUGAUUAUAUUUCUUUUGAUUUACAUUUACGUAGCAAAAGAUCCGAAGCCAAUUUUCGGCGUCUACUCUCAGCCGGGGAAGUGGUACUAUCUGAAAUAUGCAGUGUUUGCACUCCUGUAUUAUUAUAGAAAAUAUUCGAACAAAAACCGCUCAGCCGGAAAGGGGGGGCGAGCGGGGCAGGGUGUGAAGGCUAUAACGGAUCCUGCGCACAUGGACAGACCUCAGCCUCUUAGCGAACAUGCUAAGGCCUUCGACGCUGUAUUCUUCAUUUCGGCCUCCAGAGAUGAGAAUGGCGAAGGGAUCUACUUCAUCUCGGGGUGUGAGCGGAGACCAAUGGGCAUGUGCAACGGGCUGUUCUAUAUUGGAUUGCCAGGCAAAGGUCUACUCUGCAGCAAGAAGCUUCCAGAUACAGUCCUCUUCGGCGCACAAGUCAGCGAGUUUGGAGCUGAAGGGAUCAAGAUGACGCCGGUCGAGCCUAUGAUGAGGUGGAACGUCACUUACAAGGGACAAAUGUGGUACCAGAACGAUCCAAGCAAACAGGUGGACGUGGUGUUUGAAGGGGAAUGGACGGCGACAGCGGACUACUUCGACUACGACACGGAUCUGCACGCGCCUGCCGUCAUCAGAUCUAUAGCCAGGGAGAAGUGGAGCCGGGAGUACUUUGAGAGGCUCAAGACUGCUCACCAAUCCCACUACGAGCAAUUCGGAGUAAUGAAGUGCAAGUUCCAGAUAGACAACAAGUCUUUCAUGUACAGUGUGCCUUCCUUCAGAGAUCACAGCUUUGGUGAAAAGCGAGACUGGAGCCUAAUGCACCGUUACGCGUUCCACCACAUCUUCCUGAAGAAUGGCAUCCGCAUCAGUGUAGGAGUCAUCAACCAGACGUCGACGGCAUCAAUUUUUGAGGUGGGCAUGGUGACGUUAGCUGACGGUACCCUGCUGCCGGUUAAGUGGGUGGACCUUCAGCUCUGGCAGCAUGGUGAGGGCGGCUUGGCACCCAGGGAUUACGCCUUCAGGUUCCAAGCUGGCGAACAGGUUUACACUGUAGAGGUCCAAGUGGAACAUGAGUCAACGCAUUACGUCUCCGACGAAUGGGAAGCCCGCAUGGUGGAAAGGUUCUGCAGGUUCACUGUCAACAACGUUCCUGGCAAUGGGGUGUCGGAGUUCCACUACCGGCACAAAGAUGGCCGCCCGGAGACUGUCACGAAGAAUGACCCGGAUUGGUACAGGCGGAUGUGCCAUAAGAUUUAAUAAUGUGCUGUUAAUAAAUUUCUUUUAUACUAA